CUCAAGUGGACAUCAUGCGCCGACUUUUGGUCGCACAUAGUACAUGGGAGAGGAAAUUUUUGGUCACCCUCAGCAGGAAAGCCGGCCAACCAGCGGGGAAAGGGGCCAUCCAUUUUAGACCAAGCUUCUUGUUUGCAAGGGCUUUUGUCAAUUGCUGCACAAGAUGAUCAGAAUUUGCAAAACCGGGACAAAUGAUACCAGCCAGAGUUCCUUGUGGCCCCGGCACAUUUUCUUCGUAUCAUGUGCGUGGAGCCAUGCAAUCAGUUUUUGGUGCCUGCGCUGUGAAUUGUGCAGUGUCCAUUGUAAGUACUUGCCUCUACUACUCAGAGCUGCAUCACUUGCGGGAAUUCCCAUUUUUCGCGGCACAACUGAAUGCGGCGAUCGGCGCAUUUUUGGCAGGACUGUGGUUUGCUGCUUUGCCAAAAGGGACACAACAAGUGCCACAGUGGCAGCAGUGGGCUUCGCUCAGUGGGCUGCUAGCUCUUCAGAACACAUUGGAGAUCCUGAGCAUUCCGCGCGUAGGCAACGAGGAUUUACCUCCAAUCCUGCAGCAGGCAGUGGUGCCUCUAUCUUUGCUAUUCUCUUGGCAGCUACUGCGGCGAAAGUACAGCAAGGUCCAACUAUUGGGUGCUACAAUGGUUGUUGCUGGAGUGACAGCCGGCUUCCUCCCCAGCUUAUGGAACACUGGAGGCAAAACUGUCAGUCCAUCGUGGGUGGCGAUUUUUCUGCUCUCCCGGGUCCCCCAAGCAGCUGCGAAUGUCGCUGCCGAAUCUUUGGCUGAAAAUCAUCAAGGGCUGUCUUGGCCAAUCAGAGCCACUUUAUAUACUCAGCUUCUUGGGCUACCAUGCAAUUUGGUGGCUGGGCUGAUUGCAUCAUACAUUUGGAAAGGAGAGGCCGCUGUUGUACUGCAGGACUACACUAGUGGUCUAGACUGUCUCUUUCACGGUGGUGGUUCAUGUGCUGGAACGUGGAGUUCCGUGUUGCUGUUUGCAAUACCGGGAAUGCUCUACACGUUGACUGAAUUCCACGUCUUGCAGGUCGCUUCAGCCACCGCAUAUUUCCUUCUGGCUGCUUUGCAACUGCCACUGCAAGACUUAGCCCUCUCUCUUCUGAAUGGCACUUUGGCCAGCUUUCAUAUGUCGAUGCUACCAGCCAUAUUGGCUGUAGCACUAGGGCUAGUACUCUAUGGCCUUGGAUCACCUACAGAGCGGCAUUGACUCCAGGACCCUUGG